AAUCCUUCUUCUCGCAUCUGAGUCACCUUUACGCGCCAGAAUGUUGCAGCAGAUUGUGAUAGUAGCGAACGUCUGUCUGUUCGGCGAGCACCGGAGUAUAUAUAUACAAGCGCAAAGAUGAGCAAACCACGAUAACAAAUCCCUAUUGAGCAAUGUCCAAGAUUGAUAAAAAUGAUCACGCGAGCACCACAAUAAGCCUCCCAUUCCUACCACCUGAACUAUGGGUUCAAAUCACGGCACAGGUUCCGUCUGCCGGCACUCUCGCGAGCCUCGCCCAAGUAAAUCGCGCGUUGCAUGGCUUUGUCGAAAAUGAGGGUUGGAAAACUUUCAGUCGCGUACGCUUUCCAAGCCUUUACGCUUCGGUCUCUCAGCGAUUCAAUGGGCCGAGCAAGGGUCAUGCUAGCACCGGCGAGGGGAGGAGACUCGCACGAACGCUGACGACAGCCUCACGAGCAUGGGAUCGACGGGCGUUGGUAGCCCAGUCUAUUGCAGUCCCUUCCACGGACUUUGGGCUGGAUGGAGACGUCAAGAAAACUGCAUCGAAACCUCGCAAGCAAACGAUGGGAUUCGUACCCAGAGUUGACGUUCGCGAAACAGGAGCUUUCGGUGGACAACGCACAGAAAUACUCGCGUGGAGUACUGGUACUGCUGUGUGCUUGCGAGCAAGGCGGAGGAAAGUUAGUGGCGGCUCAUACCAGGAAGACGUUGCCAUUUGGACUCCAAAUGAUGCAAAAGAUGGAAGAGACGAUAUCACCGCACUACAUCUGCUAGGAGAUGACUACUGGAAUACGGGGGGGAUCGAAAGCGACAAGUUGGUGGUUGGUACUGCAAAUGGCGAUUUGCGCUUGAUCGAAAUACCUCGAACAGGCUCAACGGGUGGGAAAGCAAGUAUUACAGCAUUUUCUACAUCAAAUCUUCCGGUCCGGAGCAGCUCUUUACAUCACAACCUGGACGGCUCGGCCUUACUCGCUAUUGGACUUGGCGACUCGCAGAUCGCUCUCUACAAUCCCAAUUCAAGUUCCGCUGACGGACGAAUCGACCCGCUCGAUCAAAUAGACGUGUCGAACAGCGGCAGCAGCAGCAUAGUUCACGGUCUUUCCAGUCUCAAUAUCUCAAGCAGUAAGCGGAUAUGGCACAACGCAUUUCUUUCGCCAACAGUAUUGGCCUUGGGAAUGGGGCCUUCGCACAGCCCGAUAGAAAUUUACACGAUCCAAAACGACAGGUUAUUACAGUCGCCACUGCGAACUUUUCAAAUUUCUCGCGACAAAGAAGACACGAAACUAGAUGCGCCUCACCCACAAGCGAAUGGCACUUCGAAACCAUUUCUCUCCUCGAUAUACACAAUCAUCCCGCUUCCAGGAUCGUCUGCUAGUAGCGCUGACCUUGGCGGUAACUCGAACGGCGACGUCUUCCUAUCUGGCGCUUAUGACGGAUUGAUUCGUCUACAUGACUUACGAUCAAAUCGCGACCAUGAGCAGAUGAUUAGUGACGCAGCUGGUGGGGGCGGUAACGACAGCCCGAUCUACAGUCUGCUCGCCCGCGGUCGAGAACGUCUACUUGCUGGCACCGGCCGACACAACUUGCUCAAGGUAUUCGACUUGCGAAUGGGCGCACGUUGCUAUGAAUAUCUCGACGCGCAACCUCUUCAAGACGAUCGGGUUGGAAGCAAAAGCGCAGCACAUGGCACAAACGGAAGCAGUGGUGGAAGCUUUAACCUCUUCCUUCGCGAGCACAGCGGCGGCCCGGCAGGCCCAUCUUCUUCGAAUUCUUCGAACGUGCGCAGAGGCAGCAGGCAACAACCACGUCAACGUGCCGCCAUUGACUCAAGUGUCUACACUCUCGCCGCAGCUAGUGCAUGUUCGCCAUAUAUCUAUGCCGGGGUAGAGAACCAGCUAAUCAGCCUCGCCCUGCACGCCGUCGCAGAUAUCCACCCCGACACGGCGUAUUUUGAGGAUCCGCACGUCUCGCGCGAAGACUUAUGGUGGCGUGGCGCCGUCGAUGGUCUAGGCAGCAGCAGCAGUGGAAACGGCACUGGACCGGAUGAGCAGCAGGGGCAAGAAUCGAAUAUCCUCAACUUAAGCAUGUACGAGCAGGAUCUGGGCAUGAAACUGUGCGUACAACGCUCC